CCCACUGGCUCACGCAGGCAGGAUAGCCCUGCGCCGAGCUCGAUCUCCCUGCGCGUCCCCGAACCCCACCACCAAAAGGGCCGGGCGCGAGCGCGAUCAAUGGCCACCUCCGAAGCCGGGGGCGCGGCGCCCCGCGUGGCGUGGCGCGUCGUGCGGGCGGCGAAGGUCCUCGUCCUGGCCGUGGGCGUCUACGGCUGCUUCCUGCAGCUCCCGUGCGCCGCCGCCGCGGCGUCCGCCGUCCUCCGCGUCGCCGCCUCCCUCUCGGCCCAGCAGUACCUCUUCCUGGUCGGCAACGCCAUCGUGAUCGUCCUCUUCGAGCACUUCCGCCGCGACGACGAGGCCUCCUCGUUCUCGACAGGGGCCUUCUUCAGCAGGUGGUGGCCCGCCGAGGCCGACACGCAGGGCCGGUACCUCCCGUUCCCGGGCGCGCAGCUGGUGCCGCCGCCGUCGCCGACCACCGAGGCGGGGGGAGAGAAGGAGGAGAAGGCAGUGUUCGAGGACAAGAAGGCGGUGCACGUGACGGCGGUGCGCGCCAAGCCCCCGCGGCCGAGCAGGUCGGAGAAGGCCGGCGGCGGCGCGUCGGGCCGGAGGCCGGCCGCGGCGCCGGAGCUGCGGCGGGGGGACUCGGAGAACGGGCGGCAGCGGCAGCAGGCGGUGGCGGUGGCGGAGGCGGAGGCGGACCCAGAGGCGUUCCGGCUUUGGAUCGAGGCGUUCAUCCUGAAGAAGCAGCAGGACUUCCUGCGCGAGGAGUCCGCCGCCGCCGCCGCCUCCGGGAAGAAAGGCGCGCCGGUGGCCGCCGGAGCCGUGGUGGCGGUGAAGUGAUCAUCAGCUGCCGGGUAAACGCAGCAUCAGCAGCAGGGAAGAAGAACAAGAAAAAAAAACACCAAAGCCUGCUAUGCAUCUGCAAUAAGGAAGAGAGUGUGAAAGGAUUGAGAUGAACCCAAGCAACAGGGGCCAGCAGCCAAAACUAGCGUCUUGUAAAGAACUCGCGCUGGCGCCUUUGUUUAGCGAACAAGUUUUGCCUUUUGCCUCU